UUUAUAAAUAGGUCCUAGUUCAUCUUAGUUUGUACCAACAACAUUUCUCAUCAAACAUCAUGGCUACCACACAAAUAGCUGUUAUCGUGCUUCUAGGAUUACUUGUUGCCACCAACAUUCACAUAACAGAGGCCCAAUUAGGUGUUUGCUAUGGAAUGAUGGGGAACAACUUGCCAUCACACUCGGAAGUUAUACAGCUCUACAAGUCAAGAAACAUUGGAAGAUUGAGGCUUUAUGAUCCGAAUCAUGGAGCUUUAAAUGCGUUAAGAGGAUCAAACAUUGAAGUGAUACUAGGACUUCCAAAUGUAGAUGUGAAACACAUUGCUUCUGGGAUGGAACACGCGACAUGGUGGGUACAGAAGAACGUUAAAGAUUUCUGGCCUGAUGUUAAAAUUAAGUACAUUGCUGUUGGUAAUGAAAUCAGCCCUGUUACUGGCACAUCGUCUCUUACCUCAUUUCAAGUUCCUGCUUUGGUUAACAUUUAUAAAGCAAUCGGUGAAGCUGGUUUGGGAAAUAACAUUAAGGUCUCAACGUCAGUAGACAUGACGUUGAUUGGCAACUCUUAUCCACCAUCACAGGGUUCUUUUAGGAACGAUGUGAGAUGGUUCACUGAUCCGAUUGUUGGAUUUUUGAGGGAUACGCGUGCACCUUUGCUCGUUAACAUUUAUCCUUAUUUUAGUUAUUCUGGUAAUCCAGGACAGAUUUCACUUCCCUAUGCUCUUUUUACAGCACCUAAUGUAGUGGUACAAGAUGGUUCGCGUCAAUAUAGGAACUUAUUUGAUGCUAUGUUGGAUUCUGUUUAUGCUGCCAUGGAACGAACAGGAGGAGGAUCUGUAGGAAUUGUUGUGUCAGAGAGUGGAUGGCCGUCUGCUGGUGCAUUUGGUGCCACACAUGACAAUGCAGAAACAUACUUGAGGAACUUAAUUCAACAUGCUAAAGAAGGUAGUCCCAGAAAGCCUGGACCUAUCGAGACUUAUAUAUUCGCCAUGUUUGAUGAGAAUAACAAGAAUCCAGAGCUUGAGAAACAUUUUGGAUUGUUUUCACCAAACAAGCAGCCAAAAUACAACCUCAACUUUGGGGUGUCUGAAAGAGUUUGGGAUAUUUCUGCUGAAACUAAUAGCACUACUUCUUCACUCAUAAGUGAGAUGUAAAAACACACAUGUGAAAGCAUCUAGUAUCCGCAAAAAUAUUUAUUCGUCAUGCAAUUUUAUGUUUGUAUGCAACACCAAAUAAAUUCCUUUUGUUUGUGAUAUUUGUGAUUUUGGGAAGAAACUUUUUGUAAGUUUGUAUAUUGCUUACACCAUCAAUUACAUUAUUUCCAUGUUUGAUUAGA